AUGUCAGCCUACAAUGAAUGGUCCCAUUCGGUCGGCAUGGAAUUUUUUCACCAACCUGCUUGCGGUUUCGACCUCGAUGUGGCGGCAAGUGCUGGUAUUCCUGAUGUUCCAGAAAUUGAAUCGCUGGUUUUGCCCUCCAUCGAUGAAGCUCGACAAUUGUCUGGAGGAGUUCAUCUCGGCCAGCACAACUUGUUCUCUAGCGAGAUUGGCGCACGACUUGGCUUUGCCACUUCUUUAACCAUGGCUCAGCUACUUGAGGACUGCAAAUCCCAAUAUGCGGUGCGGCAGGAAAGUCUAGUUGACUGGUAA